AUGGAAACAAGUACGAACACAUACUCAUUAGAAGAAUGUAUUGAUUUUAUUGGAUUGGGAAGAUAUCAAUGGCGAUUAAUAGCAAUCCUUGGCUUUUGCUCUAUGGCUGAUGCCGUUGAAAUGAUGCUGUUAGCUAUUUUGGGACCAGCAUUAACAUGCUACUGGCCUAGUGUCACACAGAUACAAAUAGCAACACUAACAACUGGCGUCUUUGCUGGAAUGAUGAUUGGAGCAUUUAUAUUUGGCAUUUUAGCAGAUAGAUACGGCCGCCGACGAGUCAUCUUUGCUAGUGCAGUUUUGAAUACAGUAUUUGGUAUCGCCACAGCACUAGCACCAAACUAUUACUGGAUUCUUAUAGCGCGGGUUUUAGUCGGAUUUGCAUUAUCAGGUGCUUCACAAGGUUCAACAUUGAUGCUUGAAUAUCUCCCAUCCUCAAGUCGAGCAACGAUUACUAUUGUUAUUGAAUUAUUUUGGUCAUUGGGUAGUAUAUUCGAAUAUCUUAUGGCAAUGGUUGUUGUCCCAACGUACGGAUGGCGAAUAUUAACCGGACUUUCUGCUUUGCCAAUAACAAUUGUGGCUAUUUGUAUGUAUUUCGUACCUGAAUCACCACGAUUCUACGUUGCCAGUGGACAUUCUGAAAAAGCUGAACGUAUUUUAAAAGUAAUUGCAUUCACAAACAACCGUGCUCUACCACCCGGCAAACUUCGUGAUAUCAACGCUCGAGACGAAUGCGGUUCUGUAAAGCAACUAUUUCAUUCGAACUAUAAGCGAACAUCGUUCUUACUUGCUUUCAUGUGGAUGACGGUGGCAAUGAGUUACUACGGUUUAAUAUUAAUCAAUACAUCGAUCAUGACAUUAAUUAAACAUGAUCCACAAUCAAUUGCCAGCAAUGACACCACAAACUCGUCCGGUCAUUGUAAAAUGUUAACAACCGAAGAUUAUAAAUCAUUAAUAUUUACAACUAUUGGCGAGAUGUUUGGUAUACCUUUAUUGUUGAUCUUCCUUCGCUAUUUUGGUCGACGAACAACAUGUGCAAUCAAUUACUUUUGUUCUUCUCUUUGCUUUUUAUUAUUUGUUUUCAAUAUACAUACGAAUCCAUGGGCAGUCGAUGUCAUCACAUUUCUUGCACUUUAUCCAACAGUUAUACGUGCAAUCGCUGUUGGCUGUGCCUCGUCUAUGUCCAGAAUCGGUGCAAUGAUCACGCCAUAUCUAGCACAAGUGUUAAUUAAGAAGACUUUCCAUGGAACUAUAGCAGUUUAUGUGAUAGCUACAGCGUUGGCUGCCCUCUGUUCUAUUUUGUUGCCAAUUGAAACCAAAGGACGUGAAUUGAAACAAGCAACUACAGAUCACGAGCACUCUAUGACAACGGCAGUCGAUGAUGGUGAUACCGGUUCUUCUUGGAUGAUAACUGAUAUCAGCCAUUAA